AGCUGUCAAAAUAAUGAUCGUUGUCAUAAAUUGUUUGUACAAUUUUUACCAAUAAUUAAACAAAUUUUAAACAUGAGCACAAUACUCACAAAUAAUAUAUAAACCAUGAAAAUCAAGGAAAUGUGUUCUACAUUAAGCUAAAACUAGUGAAAAUUUAAUAUAAUAAUAGAAAUAUAUGAAAUUGUAAUAGAAAAUGAGUUCUCUUAAUUUAUUGCUGUGUUUUUUAAUUUUAUCUAUAAAUAGUAGUUUCGGCGUUGAAGAAAAAUGCCCAGCUAAAUGUAUAUGCAAGAAAAAUCUUCCUAAUGAAGGUUUAAAGAUGUCUUGUGGAGAAGGCGAAAAAGUUUUUCAUUUAGAUGAAUUGGAAUUGUUAAAUUUAGCUAGCGAGGUUAUUCAACUGAAUUUGUCCGGAAACGGGCUAACAUCUUUUCAGCCUAAAGUUGAACUUCCUGAUCUACAAAAACUAGAUUUAAGUAAAAAUCAAUUAGCAGAGCUUAAGGCACAUCAAUUUAUCGAGGUUCCAAAUUUAAGAAGACUGGAUUUAUCUAUUAAUAUUAUCAGGCAUAUCGAUUUGUUAGCCUUUGACAAAUUAAGGCAUUUGGAAAGACUUAAAUUGAAUCAAAAUCAGAUCACAGCUAUUACAAUUGGUACCUUUGCACCACUUGAAAAAAUAAAACAGCUGGACAUAUCAAGUAAUCCAUUAGUAUGUGACUGUAGCUUAUUAUGGUUGCAUGAUUGGGUACAAAGACAAUCUCUAAAGCUAUCAUCGAAUCCAAAAUGCAUGUCUCCAUCCACAUUUAAAGGAAGACCAUUGAAGAAACUUAUAAUUGGAGAUGAUAUCCAUUGUAAAUCUCCUGCUGGUAGUAGUGGAUUGCCAUUUAUUGAAUUGAAACCUGAGGAAAACCAGGUUGUAUUUGAGGGAGAUUCCCUCACAAUGCAGUGCUUUGUGCCAAGUAUUUCUGAUUCGUUAGAGAAUCCUCUUCAGAGUGAUAUUCAUUGGACCUGGCUGGAUUUCGAUCCUAAAGAUCAUUUCUCUGAUAUAAGGAUAGAAAAUGAAUUAUUAGGUAGUGCCGGGAGGAUAUCUAGCACCCUUAUAGUUCCUAGAUUAGCAAAAAACCAUACGGGUAUUUGGAAUUGUCAGUUUUUGUCUUUGCAUGGGAAUCACUCAAAAGGAAUUGCGGUGGUCGUUAUAUCAGAUAAAACCAAAUACUGUCCCAUGACAAUAACAAGAAACAACAAGGGCAGCUACAACUGGCCACGAGCUAUUAUAAAUUUUACCAUAACGAUGCCCUGUGAAUCAUUGAAUCUUAAUUAUGACGUCACACAUCAAAUAGCUUCCUACACCUGUUCAGAAAAUGGGCAAUGGUCGAAUCUAAACACAUCGAUGUGUUCGUAUAUCUCUGACACCACCAAAAUCCUCGAACAGUUCUCGAUGGUCGAUUCUAGCAUAGAAGAAAGUGCCAAACACUUCAGGAACUACACUCUGAACAAAAGUAUAUUUAACGAUGUAGUCGACUUGUCAUAUGCCGUUACUACUAUCGAAAAUUACGUGAAGUAUGCGCCAAAAGAACACGUCGGAACUAUAGCAGCUAUAUUAAUGGACGCAACGAAUAAUCUGAUGGAUUUGCCGAGAAGUUACAUAAGAGAGACUGAUUUGGAGUUUGGAACUUCGGGAAGGUUAUUGAAGGCCACAGAGAGGAUCGCCGUUUUCUUGAAUCCUUCCAACUUUCGCAAGAACAAUUUGGCUAUAGAAAUAUUUCAAGUUAAAAAAGAAGGCUUUCAAGGUCUCACCUGCACCUUAUACACAAAUCCGAACAACAGGAAAGAUUCGUUAUUUUCGUGCGCGUCGAACCACCAAAGUUAUCAAGAAACAUCGAGUUAUCAAGGGAAGACCACCGAUGCUUCCGUAACCAUACCGGAAAGUCUUUUUAAACAAUUGCAGAAGAAAGAAAACUUGACGAACAAUGAGUAUGACCUACUGGUCGCGAUACACUCUAGUAGCAAGCUGUUCUCUAUGGAUCAGAAGAGAUAUGGGAAAGAAGAUGUGACUUCCGCCGUCGUAGGAGUACAACUAGUUGAUUACGUCGUGCGGAAUCUAACAGAUCCAGUUUACGUGAUGCUGCGGACGCCAUCGACGACCAUCUACGACGUGACCCCGUUUAUGCCAGUUUGGUGGGAUGCAGCCGCUAACAACGGAACGGGAAACUGGAGUUCCGACGGCUGUAAGUUUUCUCACGAUAUACAGGAGUAUCUGGUAUUCUCGUGCGACAGUUUCGGUUAUUACGGACUUCUCCAAGACGUCACCAUGCUGGAGGAACACGUCAGUGCCAAAUUCAAGCUAAGUCAUCCAGCGGUGUACGUAGGUGUUUUUGUUUUGUUUACUUCGUUUUUGAUAGUUAUUUUGACGUAUCUUCUUUGCUAUGUCACUAUACAAAUACCUAAGAAAACGAAGCAUUCUUUAAUUAACACGUGGAUAUCUAUAUCUUUACUAACUUUUCUGUACAUAUUUGGUAUUUAUCAAACUGAGGAUACUAAAGUUUGUCAAAUUGUUGGCAUGAUUUUACAUUAUUUCACUCUAUGUUCGUUGCUUUGGAUGUGUGUUGGUGUAAACUGUAUGUACAAGAGACUAAGCAAGAACGAUAUUAUAGGACUCCAAGAUGACGAUUUACCAUCAGACUAUCCAAUACAGAAACCUAUUUUAGGUUUGUAUCUUGUAGGUUGGGGCAUCGGUUUGAUCAUAUGCGGACUUUCAGCUGCUAUAAACAUGAACGAGUACGCUUCAUCUAGUUAUUGCUUCCUCAAAUCAGGUCCAGCUCUAAGCGCCCUUUAUGUGCCAUGUAUAAUCUUUACUGUCUUCCUGAUUAUAUUCUUCCUGUUGAUACGAUGCGCUAUUUACAAUUUGGACGCCAAUGGUCACUUAAGUGAAGGCACACAAGCUACAGAACACGUUGAUUUGGAUUUACUAGAACCCGAACCGAAUUUUCCUCAUGUGGAAACUAGAAGUAUAUCGACCAAGACUGGUUCUAGCGAAAUAGAAGACCCAGAGCAUGCUCCAUCGGCCCAACUAAAAGCCUAUGUCAUAUUUUUGAUUAUAUACAUCAUGACGUGGUUAAGUUGUGCAUUUGCCACAGAAUCACCGUUUCACAUAUUUUCUUUCGAGGAAGAUCUGUUCAGUAUAGCAUUUGCUAUAUUAGCAACAACCCUCAGUGCAUUUACGCUCUUCUUUUAUUGUGUUGCAAGAAAUGAUGUUAGGACGCAGUGGGUUAUAAUGUCCAGAUGGAUGAAGCGUAAGCGUAUGUGCAAGGUUAGAUCAAGAAAUAUAUCAGACACUGUUCCUAAUAUUCCUCAGAUCCAAGUACAACCGCUGCCUUUGCCUCCUGUCAGCAAUCUCGAGGCGCAGAUCAUCUCUAGGUCAACGAGCCGGACUUCCAGUCACUCAAAAACUAACUCUAGGAAUAGCAAUAUACUCAAAGGAGCAGUGGACCUUAACGAAAGCUUCAGUGACCAUCAAGGAGCUAAGAUUAACAACGUUAAUCUAGUAGUGUUACACCGAGCGCAGUAUAGGAACAGUAUUAUUCCUAAUAUUAUAGAAAAUCCCACCAACGCUGAUGUUUUCUACAACCCCCACCAAAGUACAGUGGCUAGGAAGUUCUUUAAACGACAAAGGAGGAAUAUGAUGAAGAAGAAUAAUUUGGCCAAACCUCCUAGGGAUAUAAACAGCGAUACUGCUUCGGUGUUCUCAGAACCGAAGCUCAAAAUCAAAAAUAACAGUGAACAGAACAUUUUCGGGACCAAUUCUAAGGUAAACAAUACGAAUAUACACGUUGAACAUAAACACCGAAUACAGCAAAAGAAUCCUAAUAUAUUCUCCGACAGUGCUGACGAUUUUGAUUCGGAAAGUAAUAUUCCCGUAGAAAAUAUCGUCAUACAUGCUGAAAGACUUCGAAAAAAAGAGCUAUCUAGGAAUAGAAGCAGAAAGAAACAUAACACUACAGAAAAUAACAUGCAUUCCGUGUCUCAACAGUGUACCUUAGAUUAUAGCUCAGAAACUAUUUCAGAUUCUAUCUUAGACAAAACUAGUCCCGACAAAACACUACUGCCAAAUCAAGAGAGUUUUAAUACUACGGAAACGAGUGAACCAGUUGAGUCUCUUAGGAGAGAAAACAGCCCUCUCAGCAUCCUAACGGAAAACGAUCCAAACUACUGCCAAAUCGCCGACUUACCUCCCAGAGACGAAUAUUUCCAAAAAUCCGGCACCGUUGGUCAGUCUGCCAGUUGUAACUUUAGUGGCCUCGAUACGUCAUCGGUAGGUGGCGCUUCCACUCCUAGAAUCUAUGUAAAUCCCCAAGACUUGAGAUUAGGCAAAGGAGACGGCCAAAGCAGGGCAAGUAGUGUUUCGGUUAGCGACUUGGAUGAAUUGUAUCAACAAAUCAGAAGAGGUCCACAGUCGAAGAGAUAUAGGCAAGUGUAUACGCCUUCUAGGGACAGUCCGUGUUUGUCGGAUUCAGAAAUUAACUCGUUUAUUAAUGACAGUAGGCAUAGGAGGAUAGAUCUGAGGAGUAGGGAUGAGUUCGACAGAUUAAGUGAUGAUAUAGAGACUAGAGUCUAAAGUGACAGUGGUGAUUUGGAGUUAAUAGUCUUGAACGACUAAUAACCGACGGCUGGUCCAUGCUUUUAUUUGAUUUGCUCUCCUCUGACUUGAAAAAUAGCUUUAAAGGCCCUUAUAGUAACUCAUACUGCUAAUUUAAUAUUUGAACAAAUGUUUAAAAGAUUUAACCGAUGGUAUUAGAAUUGUGAUAUAUUAUUUACUGUAAUAAUAGAUUUGGCGACGAAUGUUCGUUGUAAUAAAGAUGUAGUGUUAAUAU